AAAUAAUCCCUCCCAAAAUAUGCAAUUAAGAAGUGGUGUACUCAAGAAACCCCCAACUAGAAAUUACAUCUCAGGCUAUCAAAUAUUCUAUGCAACCAAAUUGCCUGAGUUGAAAAAGGAGGGCAAAUUUUAAGUUGGAGAUGCAGGUCAUAAGAUCUCAGAAAUGUGGAGAGGUUUGGACGAUGACGAGAGGCAGAAAUUUGAGGAUUAGUUCCACGAAUUGGAAUCCAAAUAUAAAGAAGACCUGAUACUGUAUUAUGGAGGGAACACACAAGACAUCAAAAAAUACAAGGCAUUAAUGGAAAUUCCAGAGAAACCCAGAAAACCUGCUUCUGCAUGUCUAGUAUACAUCGCAGAGCAUAGAAAGGAUUUCAGUAGUGAAAAUCCUGAUAUGAAUAUGGCCAAAGUCACUAAGGUUUUGGCAGACAAAUAUAGUGCUCUUUCAAGUAGGGAUAAAAAAAGGUAUGAGGAUGACUUUCAAAGGAAAUUGGAAUAAUACCAUAAAGAAAUAGAGGUUUGGCAAAAGUAAGAAUUCAUAUUUGAAACCAUAGAAAAUUUGCUGAAAAAUAAGAAUAGUUUGAUAAAUUGAUUGAAGAAAAAUUUAAACGAUCCGCUUCAAAAUAAGACUUGGAAUAUUAAGAAUUGCCACCAUAUAAAAGGGGACCUAAAAAAAUGAAAGAAGAAGAUGAGACAGCUGCAAUAAAGAUUGAGUAGAAAGAAAAGGAAAUUAAGAAGGAGGAAAAGAAAGAUGAUAAAAAGGACGACAAAAAGGACGAUAAAGAUAAGUAUAUUGUAAAAAUAAACUUAUAGUAAAAAAAAUACAAAAAAUACCAAAGAUGAAGGUAAAGUUGUAUAGAAUAAAGGAGAAUCAAAGAAAUAGUUGGAAAAAGAUUAAAAAGAUGGAUAAAUGAGAAGAAAAUCUGGUUAAAGAAGAUGCUGAGAAUUUCA